AUGCAACUGCCACAAGGUUAUGAAGAGCUGACUGGGAAGAAGGUGCCUCGGAACUCUGUUUGUCGACUACAUAAGUCGUUAUAUGGCUUGAAACAAGCUUCGAGACAAUGGAAUCACAAGUUAUCUGAGGUGAUUCUUGGAGAUGGAUUCACACAAACACACUCGGAUCACUCUUUAUUCAUCAAGUAUGAAGCAAAGAAGUUUCUUGCGGUCCUUGUUUAUGUGGAUGACAUCCUUAUUGUUGGCAAUGAUGAUUUUGCUGUGACUGCCUUCAAGACGGUUCUACAGUCAGCUUUCAAGCUACGAGAUCUUGGACCAGCAAAGUAUUUCUUGGGGUUUGAGAUUGCCAGAAACAAGACAGGUAUCUCGAUUAAUCAGAGGAAGUAUGCUCUAGAACUCCUUGAAGAAGCUGGUCUCCUUGGAUGUAAACCGCUGACUGUUCCUAUGGAACCAAAUGUGAAGUUGUCUUCUACUACAGGAACAGCUUUACCGGAUGCUUCAGUUUAUAGAAGACUAGUGGGAAGAUUGUUGUAUCUCACUCAUACUAGACCAGACAUCACGUAUGCGGUUCACAAACUUAGUCAGUACAUGUCUGUCCCAACUGAUGCUCAUCUCCAGGCAGCUUAUAGAGUCUUGCGAUAUUUGAAGAAUGAUCCGAGUCAAGGUCUCUUCUAUUCUGCAUCAUCUGCGAUGAAACUAACAGCAUAUUCUGAUGCUGAUUGGGCGGCGUGCCCAGACUCCCGUCAGUCCAUUACUGGAUAUUGUGUUUUCUUGGGUGAUUCUCUGGUUUCUUGGCGUGCAAAGAAACAACAAACUGUCUCCAGAAGUAGCUCUGAGGCGGAGUACAGAGCUAUGGCAGAUGCAACCUGUGAACUGAUUUGGUUAACAGCGGUGUUGGGUGAAAUGCAUUGCUCACCAUUGUCUCCGGCAACUCUAUUCUGUGACAAUCAAUCUGCCUUAUACAUAGCUUCUAACCCUGUCUAUCAUGAACGCACGAAGCAUAUAGAGAUCGACUGUCAUGUGGUAAGAGAGCGCUUAAAGACUGGCUUCUUGAAGACGCUUCAUGUUAAGUCUGAGUUGCAGAUAGCUGACGUGUUUACCAAGGCGGUUCAACCGGGGCUUUUCAAGAAUCUGAUUGACAAGAUGGGGAUACACAGCUUGUGCCUUCCAUCUUGA